UGUGAUUAUCAAUGUCCAAAAGUUGAUUGUUUCCUAAUAUACUAAACUUUAUUUUGUUGUUUUAAUUUUCAAAUGAUAGAAAUACCUAAUUGUCUGCCAUUUAAUUUGUAAAUGUAGUUCUAAGGUCGUAGUUGUCAUUGUUAUAUUAUUUAUUUGUAUCACAAUAUUAAAGAAUUAAAUUUAAUAAAAUUCAAUAUUAAUGUGCUAACUACAUAAAAUAAUAUGAGCAACGUUCCAGAUAAUGCACCCCAACAUUGUCCCGGCACCGAGAGUCAGGAUGCUGGCAAGGCAUCGGCCUGUGCCGGCUGUCCUAACCAGAAUAUAUGUGCUUCUGGCGCAGCCUCCAUACCAGAUCCAGCCAUAGACAUAAUUAAAAACAGACUGUCUAAUGUGAAGCACAAGAUAUUGAUACUGUCCGGGAAAGGAGGAGUGGGAAAGAGCACAGUCACAUCACUGCUAGGGCAUGCACUGGCUGCUAAGAAUCCAGACAUCAAUGUGGGUAUUUUGGACGCGGACAUAUGCGGGCCGAGCCAGCCCCGCGUGUUGGGCGUCCGCGGCGAGCAAGUGCACAACUCGGGCUCGGGCUGGUCGCCGGUGUAUGUGACUGACAAUCUUUCACUGAUGUCUAUAGGAUUCCUGUUAGGAAGUCCUGACGACGCUGUUAUAUGGAGAGGACCUAAGAAAAAUGGUAUGAUCAAGCAGUUUCUCAGUGAGGUGGAUUGGGGUGAAUUGGACUACCUUCUGAUAGACACUCCGCCAGGUACUUCAGACGAGCACCUGUCAGCGGUUCAGUACCUCUCCAAGGCGGGUCUGAGCGGCGCGGUGGUGGUGACCACGCCGCAGGAGGUCGCCCUCCUUGACGUGAGGAAGGAACUGCAGUUCUGUGACAAAGUCGGCGUUAAAGUGCUCGGCGUAAUCGAGAAUAUGUCGCUGUUUGUGUGCCCCAACUGCAAGACUAGAAGCGAGAUCUUCCCGGCAACGACGGGUGGUGCGGUACAGAUGUGCUCUGACCUCGACACACAGAUGUUGGGAAGCCUCCCACUGGACCCUCUGCUGGCUCGCUGCUGCGACGAAGGCACAGAUUUCCUGCAGGCGUUACCCAACUCCCCAGCGGUUAUUGCAUUAAAAGACAUUGUUGAUAAAAUAAUAUCAGCCUGUGAAAGCGCUUGAAGCUAAGGGAUGGACCAGUGAAGCAACUUAUAUAUAAUUAAUUAGAAUUUAAGCUAGUCAGAACAUCAAAGUGAUACCAUAUCACACAAUUUCUAUUAAAAUGU